AUGCGAGUAAGUACUUGUAAAAUCGCUUUUGAAGAGGGAAGUUAUGAAGAGGUGCUGCCUCUUCAAACAUCUGUUUCACCCAUUACACCCCAAGAGCUGCCGCCAAUGUACAGACAAGAUGAAACGAGGCCCAACUGCCACCCCAGUAGAACCCUCCAGGGGCCUAACCCCCCUGAAGAUCCUGAUGCCAUCCCUUCUACCAGCAGUCGGGUUGGGGGCACUGUGAAAGUGUAUCUGCCCAAUCAGCAGCGAACAGUGGUAACCGCCAGGGAUGGCAUGACAGUCUCCGAUUCAUUGGACAAGGCACUGAAGGUGCGGGGACUGAACCAAGACUGCUGUGAUGUCUAUCGCCUUGUGCAGGGUCGGAAGACAGCAACGGGCCAGGAUGUAGCCAUUGCUCCCUUGCAUGGGGAAAAACUGACGACGGUUGAGGUCCAAGCUUAUGUUCCACUUGCAGCUGCCCACAACUUUGCCCGGAAGACAUUCCUGGCUCUCACCUUCUGUGACUUCUGCCGCCACUUCCUCUUUCAUGGCUUCCGCUGCCAGACAUGUGGCUACAAGUUCCACCAACACUGCAGUGCCCGUGUCCCCACUGUCUGUGCUGACAUGGCCACCACCUGCCAACCUUUCUACCGCAGCGUCCAGGACCUGACUGGAAGCCCUGGUACUCAUGAGCCCCAGCCUGGCAUCCAGGCCCUGUGUGAGACCCUCACCCCAAAGAGCCCCAGGACACAAAAACAGACCUCUCCUGGGGAGACAUUUGCUUUCCCUGGGCCUGGAGGCCCACCCCUGCAGAGGAUCCGCUCCACAUACACACCUAAGGUGUCCACAGUACCUGUGGACAGCAGACUCAUAUGGCAGGCAGCUCAGGCCUUUGCUGCUGAAGGAGCAGGUGGGGAAGGGCCCCCCCAAGGCAGUCCUGGUCCCAGCCUCGUGUCCCCCCCCAGAAGGAAAUCCCCACACCCCAAGUUCUCAUCAGAGCCCCUUGAGCAGCGCAAGUCCUCAGCUUCAGCUGAUGAUAAGAAGAAAGUGAAGUCCCUGGGCUACCCAGACUCAGGCUACUGUUGGGAGGUAGCCCCAGGGGAGGUGCAACUGCUGAAGCGGACUGGCUCAUCUGGGACAGUGUUACGUGGCCGAUGGCAAGGGGACGUGGCUGUGAAGGUGUUAAAGGUGGUGCAGCCCACAGCAGAGCAAGCCCAGGCCUUCAAAAUCGAGAUGCAGGUCCUCAGGAAGACUCACCACGUGAACAUCCUCUUGUUCAUGGGAUUCAUGACAAGGCCGGACUUUGCCAUCAUCACCCAGUGGUGUGAGGGGUCCAGUCUGUACCACCGCCUGCGUGUGGUCGACACUCACUUCGACAUGGUACAGACAGCUCAGGGCAUGUAUUACCUCCAUGCCAAGAACAUCAUUCACCUGGAUCUCAAGUCCAACAAUAUCUUCCUGCAUGAGGGGCUGACAGUGAAGAUUGGAGAGGGGCUGGCCACAGUGAAGACGCAAUGGAGCAGUGCCCAGCAAGUAGAGUAACCCACUGGCUCUGUGCUAUGGGUGGCAUCUGAGGUGAUCCGAAUGCAGGACAACAACCCCUAUAGCUUCCAGUCUGAUGUCUAUGCCUAUGGGGUGGUUCUUUAUGAGCUCCUGAGUGGCAUCCCCUACAGUCACAUCAACGACGGAGAUCAGAUCAUCUUCAUGGUAGGACGAGGCUAUCUGUCACCAGACCUCACCAAGGUCUCCAACAACUGCCCCACAGCCAUAAAGAGACUGCUGGCAGACUGUCUCCACUUCCAGCGGGAGGAACGGCCCCUCUUCCCAGAGGUCCUGGUUACCAUUGAGCUGCUGCAGCCGGUGCUGCCCAAGAUUGAGUGCAGCACAUCAGAGCCCUCGCUGCACCGGGCCCAAACUGAGGAACUGCCUUCCUCCUGGCUGGGGGCCCUGUGCCUCUUCAGGGCCUAG